AUGGCAGCGAGCAAUUAUAAAGGUAUGGUAUCGAUCAAGAAGGUACUAAAGAAGGUCAUAGAUGGUAAAUUAGGAUCAAGUGAUGAUGUGAAAGAGGAGGGUACAAAGAGAAAAGGAAGGAGAAUGACCGGAAGUGAUAAUGUGAAGGAGAAGGGUAGGGAGAGAAAAACAAGGGGAAUAAGUGUAGUUGACGAUGAGGAGGAGGAGGGUACAACAAACAGAAAAAGAAGGAGACGCGUGGUAAGUGAUAAUGUGAAGGAGAAGGGUACAAAGAGAAAAACAAGGGGAAGUAGUGGAAGUGAAAGUGAGAGUUGCAGUGUUUGUAUGUAG